AUGGAUAACAACUCAAUUGAUCUUAUAAACCUAUCCACCAGAACGAUGGAGAAGGAUAUUAUGUUUUCUCGAGAAAAGCAAAUUGUAUUAACUUCUCAAUUAAACUCGACUUCAACAAGAAUAACAACCAAUGAAUUGGUACAAUUAAUUAAAGAUAAAAUGCAUCAACCAGCUGAUAAUGCCAAAAAAGAUACUACAAACUAUUGGAUCGAUCUUCAAUCACUAUCAGAGAGUGAUAUUUCAGAUGUUUGUGAUUUACUUGGCAUUCAUGCUUUAACCAAAAAAGAUAUUAUAAAACAAGAAACAAGAGAAAAAUGUGAAUUCUUUUCAAAUCAUAUAUUUGUAGUGGUCAAUGAAAUACAUUAUGAAGAAGGAUCAAAUAAUCUUGUAUCUGAUAGUUUAAAUAUAUUACUUUUCGAUCGAUUUGUUUUUACUUUUCAUUCGGCAUCACUCAUCUCUACAUCCCAAGUCAUGAGAAUGCUUAAAUACUCAAUGACUGGAACAUUGCCAUCGGCAGCAUGGGUCAUCUAUGCCUAUCUUGAUGGCAUUGUAGAUUUAUAUAUCGAUCUGGUUGACAAGAUCAUGAUGGAAACUCAAUCUCUCGAUGAAUUGGUAUUAGUGUUGAGUGGAAUGAAACAAGAUGAAUUGUUUACACGUAUUGGUUUGGCUGGUAGAAGAGUUACCAAUUUACAUAGUGGAGUUUUUGGUAAAAGAGAUGAAAAAUUAAUUCCUCAAAGUUUACUUAGAUAUCUUCGUAAUGUUCAAGAUCAUGUUGUGAGAAUGUUACAAAAGUUGACACUUUCACAAAGACUACUUGGCAAUCUUAACAAUAUUUAUAUGGCACGUGUAUCAUUAGAGGUAAGCGAUGCCUCCAACUCUGUAAAUAGAUCGAUGAGAAAGUUUACAGCUGUAUCGACCAUUUUUGUUCCACUUACCUUUUUGGCUGGAAUCUUUGGUAUGAAUGUAAAGCUGCCAGGUAUGGAUGUCGACAAUUAUUACUCUUUUAUUGCCAUUAUGUUAUUCAUGCUACUUUUCGGUAUCACCGUAGCAUUUUUAUUUAAAAGAUCUGGUUGGUUAUAA